AUGCAAUCCACUUCUUUGAUCAAUCCCUCUCCAAUAUUGUUGUAUCAAUUUUCAUCGACCAAGCCAUGUUCUAAUAGCAGGAAAUUGGGUUCAUUUGCUCCAAUUAUGGCGUCCAUUAAAGGAUCAGCAGACCAGAACUUCAGUGGGAGAUUGGUGGAUGAGAGCAUGAUUGUCCUCAGAAAGAGGAUUCAUGAGAUGAAUAUGAUAGAGAGGAACUAUGAGCCACCUUCUGAUUGGAUGGAUUGGGAGAAGCGCUAUUAUACCAACUAUGAUUCCGUUAUAUGUGAAGCAAUGGGAGUUUUGCAGACCCAGUUGAUGAAUACUAGACCAAGCUUGGCUCUUGGAGCCAUGGCUUUGGUAGCAAUGAGUGUGCCAACUUCUACUGCUGUCGUUUUGUUUCAUUUGGUGGAGUUGAGCAAAACUCUCUUAUCUGGGUUUCAUCUUUAG